UUGAUGCAUAUUAACCUGAAAUACUCGAGGUUCAUAAUCAGUUACAGCUGUACGCUUUUUUCAAUGAGUUUCAGUUUUAUUUUACAUGGUAUAGUUUGUUAAAUAUUUUUUCAUUGUAAAAUAAACGCGCGAGUAUAAUGUGUACAUUAGUACAGGAUCUGAUAUUAUACGCGAUGUGCGGUCUUUAAUAAAAUAUUUCUAUCGUGAAUUGUGUAAAUUAUUAUUAAUUUUUUUAAAGGAUAAUAUAGGAGUGAAACAUGUUGGAACGUACAAAACGUAAAUUGUGAUGUCUUUAAAAUACUAAAGGAGGACAAGAAAAGGAUAACCUGAAAACAAAAUAACCAUCCUUAUGGAAUCCUCAAAUUCUAAAGUGGUGGAGCUACCUCGGAAACUAUCUCAUGGAGUUUCUAGGACUCGAAGGAAAUUGAGCAUUCCGGUACUUUCGACACAAGGAGCACCACCAACUGCUGAUCCACAAGCAGCUUUUAGACGAAGGUUUAGUAAUGUGGGGGACGUAGUUUCCAGAAAACUUUCAACUACAAUUGGUUGGAGGUCAAACGUUAAUGCCGCACCCCCUGAAGAAAUCAUAGCCGUUGGCAGAGCCCUUUGUACUUUGUACGUCAGAACGAGACUAAAGAAAGCCGGAUUGUUUAACAAGAAAUUAGGACUGACAAGAGUAAGAAGCGCUGUGGGAUCAUUGGAGGGAUGCAGCAGUAUAGUCAGAGAAGUAUUUCCAGGUUUAGCAUGUGCGGGGCAAGAAUUAGAAAGAAUGCACCCGAAGUUGUAUACGAAGAUAUUUAGACAUACAGGUCCACCAUCAGCUGAUGGUAAUGCUGGAUUACUCUUGGCCAUAGGACAUCAUAUUUUAAGGACUGAAAUUACCUGGGGCAAGGUAUUCCUGUUUGUUAAAUUAGGGUAGUAGCAGUAUUUUUUG